UUCUUGGACAAAACUGAGAUAAGAUUUUACCGGAUUGUGGAUUACAUGCAGUUCCGUCUAAGGCAACACAGGAAGACCAACUGACAUGUUCCUUUGGUGUCGAAGAGCCGGAAGAGGGUAUGUGCGGAUGGGAAACGACAACCUGCGGACUGCUUAUUGGUUGCGAGGCUGCGUCGCUUUUUGUGUCACAGUGGACACUGAAAACUUUUACUGCGUCUAAUUUGCCAGAGUCACAAAGAACGGUACUCGAGAGCAGUACAUCGAGACGCCCACAAAAUGCAUUGCCGAACUUGUUGGAGGAUGUCAAGCCUACUUCAACUUUGCGCAAACUAUUUGUUCCAGGCCGACCUUAUAAUUUUGUCUCACUGAAUAUAACGUUUUGGGUGUAUUUCACCGGCAUUCCGGGAAUCUCCCUCGUUGUGGAAUCGAAGUCGCAUGAUUUUCAUGAAAAUGAAUUAUUUGCUAAUGAACUUUUUGGUUCGCGGCAUUUAAAUUUGUCAUCGGACUUCACUCCAAACGUUUGGAGUGUGCAAUCUGCGCUGCUGUGUUCGGCCGGCGCAUCCACUAUCCAAAUCAAUGCUACUCAUACCAACUGGCUCUCCGUGGUGUACAUUGAUGACGUUGUUGCAAUGGCAGAUUCCGAGUCAUCCUGCAGAAUCACACCGGAAGAUAACUGGCUUCUUGCGCUUGAGCCAGCGCGCAAGGGAGCCAUCGAAUGCACCUUUGACCAAAUCGGUCGUGCCACUGCCGAACACCACUAUCCCUCCUGCGGCUGGAAAGAUGUGACGCAUUUGAACAUACUUGAACACAUUGAUAUUCCGGCGUCUGCGGGAAACGUGCUAUAUAUUAGCCAUACUUUUUUGAACAUCACUGUACGUCGUGAUACUAAUACAGAAAAUACGGCCCUGGGUAUUAUCCUAUCUUCCGAACAAGAUAAACCCCACAUGCGUAUCCGAUCCAGUGCGCAUGAUUUCGUUAAAGAAGGUCCCGGUGUCACUAAUACUGGAAUCACCAGAAUCGAGUUUGAUUAUGCCGUUUACAUGGAGCCACCUGCAACCGGGUCAGCCUUGGAAAUGCAGUGGACGAUGCAUUUACAAGGAGUGAGAAGAGAAACCGAAUGUAGUCACCUAGGGGGAGAUUUCGACCAGUAUCAAUUUCUGUGCCAGAUACCCCUUUGGCUAGGGUAUUUGAUGGAGAACCAAACCGUUUGGACCCACGCAGUUAUCCACAUUCCACAGGAUAUUUUCCGCUUGACCUCACCGUUUCACUACUAUUUUGACGUAACCGCCGAAAUUAGAGCCGGCACGGCACUCAUUGCUCUGGACAAUGUUGUUGUCACACGUUUUAACUCUGAGCCCGUGGUGAUUCCCACUGACCUUCCUGGUGCCAUAGUGCCUGAAUUAAGUUGUGAAGUCGUAAAUGGAUCGCUCUGCCCAGGUUGGACGUCCUGGUUAGACGUCGAUGACGGCAUGCCAAAAACUAGGCUCUUCACAAGUUUAUGGCAAAUAUCGUCUGGAGAAAACAUGUGUGCAUUCACCACUUUUCAAUUUCGCUCGUCUAACGAAACUUAUGCCACGCCCGAUUUUCUACUGUUCGUCGAAACGGUCACAGAAAUUGGUAUAGUAACUAACGUCACCCAGUUGGUUCCCAGCAAAAUCGACCAACCACCUCCCUGUGGCGUGGCAUGUACAGAAGCAGGCAUGACGUAUUACGCUUACUUCACCGCCACGAAUUUUACGCGGCUUCGAAUAGAAGAAUCUUUUUAUAUACCUCAGCGCAUGCCAAGAUGGAUUCGGACUAAUGAAAAAACCAAAAACGUCGCCGAAAAUACUACGAUCGCCUGGAUAAGGACAACCUUAGUAUCUGAGAGUGAUGUGGUUACCGGCUUGGAAUGCAGAAAAUCGCAAACCGCAAGCACCACUACCACAUUAGCUCCUCAAGAAUUAGAAUUACAUGAGCUUGUGGAAGUUUUGGAUCAUCUGAGCCCCGCACAGCUACCGGCAUUUGUUAAUCAGUUCAUGUCUGCCGUUGACAGUGUUACCACACCAAAUAAGAUCACACCCCACGAACUCGACGACAUACUGCGGAUCGUCGAUGUUGUCGCUGGGGUCAACUUGAACGCUACCAGCCAGCCGGAAGCCGCUACAACGUCCCGUAACUUAUUCCAGGUCGUCAGCAGUGUUUUUGCCGUGGAGCAGGUGAUGGAUACUACCGUUCAAGAAUCGAAUGCUUAUGGCUCCCGUAUGAUACAAGCUUUAGAUCAGAUUAAGCAAAAAGUGGUUCCAACAACAGACGAACAGGCUCCGGUUGUGCAGCCUCGUCUGGCGACAUCCAUAAGGAGCGUUACACUGGCGGCACCGGCGGAUAUUAUGGGUUUAAAUUUUUCAUUUUGCGUGAAUGUUGCAGUCAACAACGAUUCCGAAUGGCUGCCAGCCAACUUUUUUAGCGGAGACAGCCAACCUGACAACAAUACAGGCAUAAAGGUGUAUCUGGACGCAGACAAAAUUCGACAGACGUGGCUCCAAUCAAAUGGAAAUGCAGGGAACCAUGUAGUUAUCGAAGUUGGUGCAUUCUAUCCUCCAAAUUUUGCGACUUUCGAAUAUGAUUCAAACCUUGGAACGCGAUCUGCCCGCUCUCUUGCGCCCGUUAUUGUUUCUGGGCAAGUCCCUGCUCCGGCACAAAAUACCGAAAAAAUUGUAUACGUGGAGCUAAACUUGAAGAAACUUUUCAGCGAUGAAAAGCUGAAAAACUACGUUGGCGCAAAGACCUACAGCUGCGUCUUCUUGAAAUAUCUCCAAACGAAUCGCUCGGAUCCAUCUACCACAAACGCUGAAUGGUCUGGUGACGGCUGCUAUCACGUUAGAACAUACAAAGAUAGCAAUGGAGACCUCAUCACACAGUGCGCCUGCGAUCAUUUGACCAAUAUCGGCAGUCUUAUUGACCUUUGCGGUACCAACCCGUUAUACUCAUUUGAUGAUGUUGCUCAGAAAGCACUGAGUACCGUGUUGGGAACAAUAUCUAUGGUGUGCUGCACCGUAAUCAUUGCUCAUAUACUAUUCCAUACUUACCAGUCCAGGAGGUUUUUAACACCACCCGUUUUUAUUCGCCUCAACUUGGCAGUAAGCUUAGCAUUGUCCCAUUUAACAAUGAUCGUCGGUCAGUAUCUGCCUUACUCGGGGGAAGGCCAUGAAGACGCCUGCUUGACCGCUGCCAUAUUUAGUCAAUGGUUUCUGCUGGUGUCAUUUGCCUGGAUGGCUGUCGAAUGUUUUCGUAUGACGCAUUACCAGAUUAACGUGCUAGCUGCCAACGCUGAACUGAAACGGCUUCCGGGCGACACCUUUCGGACAUUCUUCCUCAAAUCAAGUGCUUUUGCAUGGGGUUUUCCUUUGAUUCCGGUCAUUUUUGCAUUUUCUUUCCAUCUUGACGGGAGCUACGGAAUUGUUUACGGCUCCGAUGAUCAGUGGUGCUGGAUACAUCCCCAAAGCUUUUGGUUUCUCUUCUGCACAUUUGUCAUGCCGGUAGUCAUAGUUCUGGCCUUCAACAUGGCAGCCAUCGCGCAUUAUUACUACGGAGAACACAAACGCAAGUCGCGCAAAGAGAAGAACAACGCAAAACAACCGGAAACGGAUCAUUCGUUUUACGACAACCUCAUUGAAGUGGUCAACAUGUUCGUCAUGCUGAUGUUUCUUGGUCUGGGAUGGAUGCUGGGAUUUCUCAUGCAGGCCGUUUGUCAGAACGACGUAGCCAAGGAGGUUACGUCGUACCUGUUUAUUUUUAUCAAUGGGUUGCAAGGAUUAUACCUUUUGAUGUUUUAUGCACGCACACAAGGCGCAUCGUACCUUCACUUUUGGGAAGGGCUGCGUUUUGUUGCUUAUAUUCACAAGGAGUACGAUGUGAGCAGCCGAGAAAGAAGCUACAUGCGAGGUCAAAGCGAAAAGAGCAGUCGUACAACAUCGACAUAUAGUUCUAAAGGUCAAGCCUUUGCCGAGGGAUUACGAAAUGUUUUCCGACGCGCUACACCCGUGGUGGUGCUAACGAAAAAUUCUACUGGUAGCCCCAUUAAAAGCGUAGAGGUCCAGUCAACUGUUUGAAUCUUUCCCAUAUAUACAAGAAUUUGGCGGCCAGAAUAAAAAGGCCUUGAAUAGUUCUUCAAAGGGUGACUAUACUUUUACGAGUUCCGGUUCUGCUGCAUGCAACGUAGAAAGAAUGUCUAGCGCUCGUAUUAUUGUGUAUUUUGCUAACUGUGAUUAUUGUAUAGUAGUUUUUAUCGUUUUCUCGGCUAAAAAUGCUUAAUUCUGCACAAAGUCUGCCCUUUAAUUAAAUCUCAUCGUAAUCUUAAACAACUACCGCGUGUGUAG